CUAUAAAUUGUUUCAAUGGAAGAAAUUCGUUCUUAAACUCUCGAGCCGUCAUUUACAAUAAUCGUGACAGUGAACGAUACGUCAAUGUUUGUGCAAAGGAUUGUUAGACCGUGCCGUUUCAAUUAUUUUUUCCAGGCAUAGCAGCCUAUGAUAAUAUCAUAAGAUAUUUCAUUUUCGCUACGUGUAACGUAGAGUUGAUAUAUCGCCAUAGGAGCAAUAGUAAACGAAAUUGAAACUCCGAUGUCGUCUUCAACAGUGGCAGAACUUUCUACAAAUAAUGACAACGAUUAUUUGUUAUUCUUCUCAUCUAUAGAUGAAGCUACAAAAGAAUGGCUAAAGUCACUUGCCAAUAUAUGGCAAUUAUGUAAACAUUGCGAAGGUCUAAGCAAAACGUUGAUAGAUUAUUUUGAAAGCGCGCCUAAUCCAUACUUGAGCACAAUAAGAAUAAUAGUAAACACCACAAACUUUAAACAAAUGAAAUCAAAGUCCACAUUAGCAUUUGCAGUUAUCGAAGAAUAUGCAAAAUGGUUAGAACCACGAAAAGAAGAAUUAAAGCAUUUCCUAGUUCCUGAUUUAAAAUUAGCAACAUUUCAAUUAAUUAUUAGUCAGAGUAACAUGCAAUUUAUUAAAUUAGUUGCAGAUACAUAUGACUUUGUAGACCAUAAAGAAGAAUUCCUUAAUAUAAUAGAGAAAAUGAUCGAAGAUAAAAAGUAUAAAGAGGCGGCGCAAUACGCGGUUAUGUUAAAACUACAAAGUUUCUUCCAAGAUAUAGAAUCUUUAUUGUUACCACUUAUUUUACAAAAUAGGUUAACGAAUGUACAGGAGUUUAUACACGAUUAUCCGCAAAUGCAAAUUGAUCUGGUUCAGUACCUAGAUAACUUAAUCGCACCCGAUAAUAAUAUGCAUAACCAAUUGACAACAAUCAUUCAAGAAAGAAAUAUACCAGAUGUGAAGAUAUCAACAACGCAAAAGAAACCAAUGAUUAAGCUGAUAUCGCGUUUUAUCAAACUGUAUAAUCUUCCACCAGAUUUUUGUCAAAAUCUAAAUAAGAAGCGAAGUAAAGGCGCUUUACAUUUCCUUAUGUAUAAACGUUAUACAGACGGAAGUUUAAAUACCGCAAGUUGGAAAGAAAUGAUCGAAGAAGCAGUAGGAGAUGAUAGACAGUUACAACUUGAUAUGAUAAAAAUGUUAAUUAACGCAAACGAUAAUAAAGAGGGUUUAUAUUGGGCCCGAAAAUUGAAUAUACCUAAAGAACAAUGGCCAUGGGCGAUUUCGUACGAAGCUGAUCACAUUGAAAUCGAAGGAAUAAAUGAAGGAGCUUCCACCAGCAGAGGAGAGAUGAGCGAUUGGGAAGACUCAGAUGAUUCUAUAAAUUAUCACGAAUUAAAAUUAUCAAGAGAUUGUAUAAAAGUGGUAAAUAAUGUGCAAAGUUUUGAAGAUUUUCUUAAUAAUGGAUUAAGGGACGUUCGUAUCGUUGGCAUUGAUUCGGAAUGGAAGCCUAACUUUGGUACAAAACAAACUGAGUUGGCUUUGAUACAAAUAGCAACUAAAACAAAUGUGUAUAUCUUAGAUGUAACGACUAUGGGAUCCAAAAUGAAAUUGUGGGCCGAGUUGGCCAUGACGCUAUUUGAAAACAAGAGUAUCUUAAAACUCGGAUUUGGGAUAGCUCAUGACAUGACAGUCAUGCAUGAUAGUUUGCCUGCUUUGGCAAAUGUGAAAACGUACGGGGAAGGCUAUUUAGACGUAGUCCAAUUAUGGAAAAAAUUAGUAGAUGAAUAUAAAUUUGUAUUCCCACACGAAGGUGAUGAGCAUUUAAACAAAAAAAGUUUAAGUAAACUUGUGGAACUUUGUUUUGGACAGAAACUAGAUAAAUCCGACCAAUUCUCGAAUUGGGAACAAAGGCCACUGAGAAAUAGUCAAAUCAUGUAUGCGGCGUUGGACGCGUACUGUUUAUUAGAAAUAUAUUCAGUAUUAGAAAAUCAGUGCAAGCAGUUGGAUAUUCAGUUUCAUGAAAUUUGUGCGGAAAUACAGCACAUUCCGCACAGAUCUCCUAAAAAGAAUAUAAAGAAACCUAUAAAUAAGCCGUGUACAUCCAAAAACAAAAUAUUAAAUUCUGAUAGGAGGCAAAAUAUACAAACACAUGGACCACCGCAAAGAUCAGAAACUAUGGACAACACAUACGAUAAAAAUGCGAUACAAGAGUAUCGCCCGCAAAGGCACAAUCAGAAACAAACGGAGGCCCAUAAAUGGCGCGUCGUUUGUGAUUCGAUGUUAGGUCCUUUAGCCUCCGUGUUACGGACGUGUGGUUGUGACUGCGUAUUCAUUCCAUUUGAUCCAGCUGGAAGUCAAUCUUUGAGGGUAGCGUUGUGUGAAAAUAGGAUACUUCUAACUCGUCGUACAUACUUUUCACAGUCCCAUCCGCCACUUGGAAAGAGCUAUCUAGUGUUGACCGAUACUCCUAACGAGCAAUUGCGAGAGGUACUCAAUCAUUUUAAAGUAUUGGUCACAAGAAGAAAUAUUUAUAGUCGAUGUAAAGUAUGUAACAGCAAUGAAUUUGCAAAAGUUCCGAAACUUUUAAUGGACAAACUUGCACAAAGCUUCGCUAAGCUGAGUCGCAAAUAUAAGAGUUAUCCUAUUUCGGAUGCUUCGAUAACAAAUUCAGUUAAUGAUUAUAAACACAGCGAGGAUCGGACAUGGACGUUGAGUACCAAUUCUGUUAAUAUCAACAAGUGUUCGACGAAGUAUAAUAUGUGCAUACAAAUAGACAAAGUACCGGUAUCCAUAUUAAAGUCUGUACAACUAUUUUAUAUUUGUGAACGGUGUGGGAAGGUUUAUUGGGAUGGUACAAAGUUAGAACGUACGUUGUACCGUUUUAAAGAUCUUGUUCGCGGGUGAUUUUAUUAUUAAAUGUGAGACCUUGACGAAGUUGUACUCAAAGACUAGGAAUGCACAAAUCAAAAUUGUCUUCGUUGAUUUGAGUCUGUGACAACUGUUCCUAUAAUGUACGAUGUUGAUAACAAACGAAUUAUUACGUUUAUUCUUUUGAACCGCUAUCUAUAUUUUAAGGAUUUUUCUAACAUCUUCAAAAAACUUACGUAGAACUAGAAAGUUAUUUUUCAUUUUUCUUUUAUGAGUUGUUACUAAUGUUACGUUUCACGUUAAUCUUAAAAAAAAGUUGUUAGAUAUCGCACAAAAGUGUCUGUGGUACGUUUUAUGAAGAAUGAUGCAGUAUGAAGGGGACAAAUAUAACAAAGAUAUAUUCUUUUUAUCUAUUUGUUUAAUAAUCUAUUUAAGUUUUAUUUUAAUGUUUCAACAAUUUCUCAUGAGCAAAUAUUUAAUUAUUGAAUUAUAAUACGAUGAUCUUUCGUUUUUCACACAGUACAUUCUACUUACACAAUAUGUAGUGUAGACAAAUAUAUUCAUCAGAUAUAAAAAAUAUAUGUCUACUUUCUAUAAAAAGUUUUAAAUGGUUUUUAUUUGAAAAAUAAAGUAACUUAUUAAUUU